CUCCCCACACUCGCCCCCCUCCUGCUGGCGGUUUGCUGCCUCCCCCGCCGUCUCUCCGCUCCCGUCGCCAGGAGCAUGAUCGUGGACAGCAGCAGCAGCAGCAGCUGGGAGGCGCCGGCCGACGGCGACUCCAGCUCCAUGAGCAGCCCCCUCAACCUGGCUUUUUUCUAUGGCGCCUCCCCCUACUCCAGCAGCGAAAGCAGCUGCUCGCCCGCUCCCUCCGCCCCGGGCUCGCCCGGCUCCGACUCGGAGCUGUCCGUCAGCAGCUGCGGGGGCGACGGCUGGAGGAGGGACUCCCUGGACAGCCCGCGCCAUGCCCCGCAAGCCGAACACCACAUGGGGGGAGGAAAGCAGCACAGAGGACCUUUCCAAGGGGUACGUGUGAAAAAUUCAGUCAAGGAGCUCCUAUUGCACAUUAGAAGCAGCAAACAGAUGUCCUCAGGCCAUGUUGCUGAUGAAUUCAAGGCACAACCAAGGCUGAACUACGAACAGUUUACAGAGUUGAAGAACAUACUUGCUCAUAGUGGUAAAAGAAAGGCUCAUGAGCCUUUCUCUGAUGGACCCAGCUACAAAAGACCAGCUACUUUCCACUCUCACUUCUUGACACCACCACAAACACCAACCUCUAUGGAUAACAUGGAGGAUGCUCAUAAAAAUGAACCAAAACAUGAUAACUCUUCUGACAUGCUUCAAAACAUUAUGAAUAUUAAGAAUGAGUCGAAUCCUGUUUCUCUGCACACAGUGCAGGUCAGCUGGCUGAACACCAUACCUAACCAUAGCUCACCAAGGGAACAAUAUCAGGAUAUCCAAGGAGCACAGGCUUUCUCUCCGUCUGAGAAGUACCAAGCUUUCCCAGCCAAUAGCCCCCAACAAAUGUUGGAUUCACCCCAGAAUUAUCAAUUUUCUUCCUCACAGACACAGGAUUUAUCACAGAACUGUAAUCAGGAUUCAUUACUGGAAUACAGGCCAUUUUCUGGAAAUGACCAGUCCCCUACCUACCAACAGAAUAAUCUUGAAAUCCACGAACUGCAGUAUUGCCCAACCCAAAGUUUCGCAUCUCUCUUGAAUGAUUCUGAAGGCUCAGAGAAUAUACUCAACUGUCUCCAGCCUCUGUCCACUGCCCAUCAGCAAUCUGAUAUCAACACCCACACUCAGAACUUUAGCCUAGCACCAAAUAACAGCUGUAGUUCGCUUGGACACAGUUCAUCUCUGGCUACUCUGAAUGUUUCUCUACAACACCAGGGAAUUGUCAGAAGCACGGCACAGCUGGGCAAGUCGUUCUUUCAGUGGCAAGUGGAACAGGAAGAAAACAAGCUGGCCAACAUCUCUCAAGAGCAGAUACUCACAAAAGACUGCGAUGGUGACACAUUCCUUCACAUUGCUGUUGCCCAGGGCCGACGGGCUCUUUCCUAUGUUCUUGCCAGAAAGAUGGUUGCUCUGCAGAUGUUGGAUAUUAAAGAACACAAUGGCCAGAGUGCCUUUCAGGUGGCUGUGGCGGCCAAUCAGCAUCUGAUUGUCCAGGAUCUGGUUAGCCUGGGAGCCCAAGUGAACACAACAGACUGCUGGGGUAGAACGCCAUUGCAUGUUUGUGCUGAGAAGGGUCAUUCCCAAGUCCUCCAGGCAAUCCAGAAAGGAGCUAUUGGAAGUAGUCAGUAUGUGGACUUGGAGGCGACCAACUAUGAUGGGUUGACAGCCUUGCACUGUGCAGUGCUGGCCCACAAUGCCGUGGUGCAUGAACUCCGGAACAGUCAGCCACCUCACUCACCUGAAGUUCAGGAGCUUCUGUUGAAAAACAAGAGCCUGGUAGACACCAUCAAGACACUGAUCCAAAUGGGAACCUCUGUUGAAGCAAAAGAUCGUAAAAGUGGCCGCUCAGCUUUGCAUUUGGCAGCAGAAGAAGCCAACCUGGAGCUUAUUCGUUUAUUUUUGGAUCAACCCAAUUGCCUCUCUUUCGUUAAUGCAAAGGCAUACAAUGGCAACACAGCACUACAUGUGGCUGCCAGCCUGCAGUAUCGGGUGACUCAGUUGGAUGCAGUUCGUCUGUUGAUGCGGAAGGGAGCUGAUCCGAGUGCUAGAAACUUGGAGAACGAGCAACCAGUUCACCUGGUUCCUGAUGGCCCUGUAGGAGAACAGAUACGACGUAUCCUGAAGGGCAAGGCGGCUCAGCAAAGAGCUUCACCAUAUUAAACUCCAUGUGUCUUGGAGUUCAGUACACUCACUGUCAGUUAGGCAGUCCUAAUGAAUCUGUAAAUAGACCAUUUGCCCAGUAUAGGCAAAUGUGAGUUGUUUCUAUGAAACAAAAGUAUUUAGUUCACUAUCAUAUAGUGGGUUAUGUUAACAAAAUUCAAAUUCCUUUGAACAGAUGGGAAUGUUCUAUACCAGGUGUCUGGAUACCUGGGUUUAAUAGCUAUGAUAAGCUGACUUAUUUAAACAGUUUAACUAGUUCUGGGGCAAGGAUGAUUGUAUUGAAGGUUUAUUUUUGUAUUUAGAUAGGCAUGAGAUCAAUGGCAACAAUAUUAAGUUUUGUUUUUUAAUCAAAAUAUUAACUUACAGAAAAAAUUAAUUAACUGUAGAAUCCAAAAGAAUAUUUAUAUUCCUCAGUAUCUUUUUUCCAGUGUCUUAAGCAGUGCUGUAUAUAAAUCAGUAGCAUUAUCCUGCUGCGCCAUAUUUUUAAUAAAUUAACUGAAAAGGGA